GCGCUCAACCGAGGCGGUCGUCCAGCGCACGAGAGCCAUCGGUCCCAAAAAGGAGUCCCAAAAAACCGCGUGGGGGUCUUCAAUCAGACGAUUCGAGUUCGACAAUUUCCCGAGAGCGAUUGAUCAGCCGCCGGCUUAACUGACCGAUAACACAAACGUUAAUUUGAAUGUGCAAGGUGCUCGUCACGCGGUUAAAAAUACCAACGAACCAGUCAGCCAACACACAAAAAUAAAUGCAAAUAAAAUAAUAGGAAAAUACAAUGAAAGUGAGUGAGUGGCGGCUGCAGGCGGGUCUCCUUCAACUGCAGUUGUAGUGCACUUAUAAAGUAUCCAAUUAAAUAGGGCUCCCUUCAGACAAGAGUAAUGAAAAAAUAGCCAGCUGGCAAUAAAAAUAUUAACAGCUUUGUGUCAAUAAAACAAUGCGGAGUGUUUUGAUAUGAAAGCGGAGGACUGUGCAGGAAACCGAUUGCAUUAAUUGACCGGACGAGGAAAGCAAUUCGAUACAAUGACAACAGUUGGGCCGUGCCACUCGAACACCAGCUCCUGCUCCCGGGACAUGCAAGGAUAUGAAGGGGCUUAGGCCGGAGUCCUGCCGGAGAUAGCUAAACUCGAUAGGGAAACUGAAACUGAACAAGCGGCCGAUCCAUGGCAGUCAACUUGCAGCAGCUGAAUAAUUCAGGCGCCAUUUAUCCAUCGCUCAUGUAUGUGGCGGCCUCCUCCCUCCGGGGACUGGGUUCUGGCCAGCCGGAGAACAUAUCCAUCGUGUACGAGGAUGCGGCCAACGGCACGGGCGGCGGUGUCCACGCCCCAAAUGGGACUUCUGGUGGCAUCGCUCUUAAUACCGAACCCGGACCCACUGCACCCGUGACCACAUUUAAUUACUACAACGAGUCAGCGGCGGCUGCCGAGUGGGAGCACUUCUACGAUCUGGUGCUCUCCUGGCAGGGCAUCAUCCUCAUCGCCGUCUUCGCCACCUUCAUCGUGGUCACCGUCAUCGGCAACACCCUGGUGAUCCUGGCCAUCCUGACCACGCGUCGCCUCCGCACCAUCACCAAUUGCUUUGUGAUGAGCUUGGCAGUUGCUGAUUUGCUUGUGGGGAUCUUCGUGAUGCCCCCCGCCGUCGCCGUCCAUCUCACAGGCUCGUGGCAACUGGGCUGGGUCCUCUGCGACAUUUGGAUAUCCCUCGACGUGCUCCUCUGCACCGCCUCCAUUCUCAGCCUGUGCGCCAUCAGCGUCGACAGAUAUUUGGCCGUGACCAGGCCGCUCACGUACUCCCGUAAACGGCGCUCGAAACGAUUGGCCCUCAUCAUGAUCCUAAUCGUCUGGCUUCUGGCUCUGGCCAUCACCUGUCCCCCCAUCCUGGGUUGGUACGAGCCAGGACGAAGGGACCUGCGGGAGUGCCGGUACAACCAAAACGAGGGCUACGUCAUCUUCUCGGCCAUGGGAUCCUUUUUCAUACCCAUGGCAGUCAUGAUUUAUGUGUAUGCAAGAAUUUCCUGUGUCAUUGCAUCCAGGCACGACAAUAUGACCGACAUAAGUGUUCACAACAAGAAAUUCAAGCGCUACACGGCGGCGGACGUGGAGAACGAGCUCUCGGAGCAGGAGCAGCACAGUUCGAUGGGCCAGCACCAGAGGCACUCGAGGCAGGCCACAUCGCGCACCUUCUCCAACCAGACGAUAGCCAAGGAGCUGCAGGACAUGAUGCUGAGCGACAGCGACAAUUGUGCAAUAACAGGAGGGGGAGGGGGAGUGGGUGGUGCUGCAGGAGGAGGAGGAGGAACUACCACCACCACUACCACCACUUCUAACACCCACACCCACUGUCAAUCGCUUUUGGCUUUGCCCUCCGGCGGCGGAACUAGUUGCUCCAAGAACGGUUGCUACGAACUCACACGUCCCUCGUCCCUGAAACGCACUUCCACGGCCUCGACGACCAUCACCACGAUGACCAGUGGCAUGGGACCGGGUAGCAGUCUUCUCGAUGCCCAGUGGUCGACCCAAAACCAAACCCACUCACUUGCACAGCCGCCGGUGCCGCGAACUCACAGCUUUAGGCAUUCGCAUGGGGAGCGGGAUCGGUUGAGGAGCCACCACCACCAUUCGAAUCCACAUUAUCAUCAGCAGGCGAGUGUGGUGACCACCACCUCGACCAGCAGCGGAGCGGCGAACACGAACACCACCAGCAAGUCCCUGUCCAAUCGGAUUACGUCGCUGAAGAAGGAGAACAAGACGACGCAAACGUUGAGCAUUGUGGUGGGUGGGUUCAUCGCCUGCUGGCUGCCCUUCUUCGUCAACUAUCUGAUUACUCCCUUCCUGGCGGAGCACCAGGCCAGUCAGAUGCUGGCCAAGGCCUUGACUUGGCUGGGUUGGUUCAACAGCGCCAUCAAUCCGUUCAUCUACGCCUUCUACAGCGUUGACUUCCGAGCGGCUUUCUGGCGGCUCACCUGCAAGAGAUUCUUCAGUGCCGGGCAGAAGCCGCAGUUCCCCACGAACACCAUGUCCAUCCGGCGAUAG